AUGACUUUGGAAGCUUUUGAGCUUUUAAUCGGUAAAGUUGUACAGACAGACAGUUCGGGCACAAUCCUUGAACCGCUUGCGCCGGCGACGGCGGCCGCAAAACUUUGUUUUACAGGACUACUUUUCUUCUUGUUUCAAGAAAUAAAUAGGUUGCGGGCGGGGCGGGGCGGAGUGGGCGCGGCGUGCGCGCGCAUCCCUGCGUCCGUCUCGUCCUUCGGCGGGCACACUCUGCCUCCGCAUAGUCCGCGAACCGCGCCUCGACUACCGCCCGUCUCGGAAAUCUCUCCGGCACCCACCGUACGCACCGCGGGCAAAACUUUCGCUGUGCGCCGAAAACCCUGUGCUGUGUCAGUGAAUCCGUGA